UCGCGCCCGGGUGUGAGUCUCCUACUGUGCGCCGUAUUCCUAAAGCCGGGGAUCACGUCACGUGUCACGGCUCCCGGGUCCUGGGCCAAGUUUUUUUUUUUUUUAAAUUCCGUGUCAGACCAUCCACGGAGCUUCAGCUCAGAAAGCCACACGCCCCGACCCUCCUGCGCGCAUCUCCGCUCCACGCUGCGUAACGAGCACCUCAGAGAGGAGCGGAUGGAUGGAUGCAUGGAUGUGGAUAGAUGUUCCCGUUUAACUGAACGCGCCAAAUCAAGACGACUUUAAGUGACUUAUUUGAUUACUUCCAGCGAUUUCCAACGACCCUCGGAUUACAUCUGAUCUUUGGCAAGCCAAGGAAGGAUAUUUUUUUUGUUUUGUUGUGAUUUUUUUUAAGCGAGAGAGAAGAGAGGAAAGAAGGAAAGGGAAGCUGAGAAAGGCUGGGUGCGCUAGAAAGACGGAAAGUCACGGAUCAUGCUUAUGGGAACUUCCGAUUCCGUCUCAAUAAGAGUGGCUCUGCCUGAUGCUCUAUCAUGACUGAUGGCGAAGGGAGAGCGCGCUUUCAGUACGCAGAGUGCCAGGAGCUGGAGGAGGUGCAGGAGGAGGUAAGGCUUGCUGUACCGACAUCCUACAGGAAUGAUGGCCAAGGUCAUGAAGAUGACCCAGGAAGAAGACGCCCGGAUGAUGAGGAGGAAGAGGAGGAGGUGGAGAGGACGAGAAGGAGCAGCAGGAGGAGGAGGAGGAGGAGCAGCAGCAGUAGCAUUCAAGGAGAUGGAGAAAAUGAGUGGAGUCCUGAAGUUCAGGGGGAUGAAGAACAGGAACCGGAGCUGGAAGUGGAAGAUGGACCAACACUGGGAGUUCGCAUCACGGCUCCCAUCCGUGAUCCAGACUGCGUCUCCGAGGAGGAGGAACAGCAGCCGUAUGCGGCCCUGGCCCCCGUGGCCUUCUUCUGCUUAAAGCAAACAACGAGGCCUCGCAACUGGUGUCUCCGCAUGGUCUGCAAUCCGUGGUUUGAGCACGUGUCCAUGUUGGUGAUCCUGCUCAACUGUGUGACUCUGGGGAUGUAUCGGCCCUGUGAGGACGUUACCUGCCAGUCAGAGUGGUGUCGCAUCUUACAGGUGUUGGAUGACUGCAUCUUCGCUUUCUUUGCGGUGGAAAUGGUUAUCAAGAUGGUGGCCCUGGGAAUUUUUGGCUCCAAGUGUUACUUUGAUGACAAGUGGAAUCAGCUUGACUUUGUCAUUGUCAUGGCAGGGAUGUUGGAGUAUUCCCUGGAUGGCCACAAUGCCAGUCUGUCAGCUAUCCGUACCGUCCGAGUACUCAGGCCACUGCGGGCUAUCAACAGAGUACCAAGUAUGAGGAUCUUGGUGACACUGCUGUUAGACACUCUGCCGAUGCUGGGAAAUGUUCUGCUCCUCUGCUUCUUUGUCUUCUUCAUCUUCGGCAUUGUGGGAGUCCAGUUGUGGGAGGGACUGCUGCGCAAUCGCUGCUUCCUGGGAGAGGACAUCGAAACAAUGUACAACAUGUCUUUAAAUCCUUAUUACAUGUCUGAGGAAGGUGAAGACAGCCCGUUUAUCUGCUCGGCUCCACGCGAAAACGGGAUGCGGCGUUGCAAAGAUGUGCCACCCUACUCUCAAGACGGGCUCGAAUGCACAUUGCCGGCUUCUGACCUGAGUUUUAGGAGUGUUGCCAGCGGUAACUUUUGUGUUAACUGGUAUCAGUACUACAACGACUGCCGCCCAGGGGAGCUCAACCCUCACAGGGGAGCUGUCAACUUUGACAAUAUCGGCUAUGCUUGGAUAGCCAUAUUCCAGGUCAUCACACUGGAAGGCUGGGUAGACAUCAUGUACUAUGUCAUGGAUGCUCACUCCUUCUAUAAUUUUAUAUAUUUUAUACUGCUCAUUAUUGUGGGCUCUUUCUUCAUGAUCAACUUGUGCCUCGUGGUCAUUGCCACCCAAUUCUCCGAGACAAAGCAAAGGGAGAAUGCACUGAUGCGGGAGCAGCGUGCUCGUUACAUGUCAAACGACUCCACACUUGCCAGUUACAGCGAGCCGGGCUCGUGCUAUGAAGAGAUGCUACGCUACAUUAGCCAUCUUUACCGCAAGUUUACACGCAGGCUCCAGAGGAUAUACUCUGGCUGGCACAGUAAACGUCGUAAAAAGGUGAAUCCUAAUGGCAGCAGUGGAGGCAGUAAUGGUGGAGGUAAUGGGCAUGGCCACGGUUCCAGCAGGGGCUGCGGAGGGUCAGGCCCAGGUAACGCAUUGUGGUUGAGGCCAAUCCAUAACCUUUUACAACACCAUCAGCAUCAGCACUGUCGUCUCAGCAAUGGCGGGCAGCACACCGUCAGCGUGGCAACCACAGAGCACGUGGGCGGAGAAGGACACAUCAAAGUCGGGGAGGAACUGGAGAUGAAGUCGCUUACCGUUCGGAGGGGAAGUGCAAAUGGAAACAACGAUAACUCGACCACUGUCACCCAGCGCGUGGGCUCAUUACUCGGGCGACUGAACGGAGGGAUGAACUAUCCCACCAUUCUGCCGUCUUUUGUGUGCAGCUAUAGCAGCAAGACGCCACCCCCUCACUCAAAGCAGUGCGGUUCUUGUCUGGAGCAUCCGCCGAACCACCCAGCUUCUGAGCACGCCGAGACCCUGACCAAGCUUUACCAGCUCAUGGGACAGCACAGUCGCCAGCGGCUGCUCUACCAGCUGGCGGGUAUGGUGCCCAGCCCUCUUCUCUUGGAGCUACUUAGCUGCCCUUUGUGUGCCAGCAGCCUGGAGACCUUGGAGCUGGAACUGGGAGACCUAGAGGGAGGCAAGGGAGAGGCAGAUGGACUACACGACUUCCCUCAGGGGGCCGAUGUGAGAGGAGUGAGGGGUCGGAGCAGACGCCGUGGGGUUGUUGAAUACGAAAAUGGAGUGGUUCGUGCCUGGAGGGACCUCAGGGAAAAACUAAAGAGGAUUGUGGAAAGUAAAUACUUCAACCGCGGGAUCAUGAUCGCUAUUCUUGUGAAUACUCUCAGCAUGGGAAUAGAGUACCACGAGCAGCCCGAGGAACUGACUGAUGUGUUAGAGAUCAGCAACAUCGUUUUCACCAGCAUGUUUGUCCUGGAGAUGGGUUUCAUGCUGCUGGCUUUCGGCUUGUUUGGAUACAUCAGGAACCCAUACAACAUCUUUGACAGCAUCAUUGUUAUCAUCAGUGUGUGGGAGAUAAUUGGCCAAGCAGACGGUGGGCUGUCAGUCCUGCGAACGUUUCGUCUGCUACGAGUUCUGAAGCUGGUUCGCUUCCUACCCGCUCUGAGGAGACAACUCGUAGUGCUGAUGAAGACAAUGGACAAUGUGGCCACCUUCUGCAUGCUUCUCAUGCUUUUCAUCUUCACUUUUAGUAUACUGGGCAUGCAUCUUUUUGGGUGUAAAUUUAGUUUUCGCACAGAGACUGGAGACACCAUCCCUGACCGAAAGAACUUUGACAGUCUGCUCUGGGCCAUUGUCACUGUGUUCCAGAUUCUUACCCAGGAGGACUGGAAUGUGGUGUUGUAUAACGGCAUGGCUUCUACCUCUCCAUGGGCGGCUCUCUACUUCGUUGCUCUUAUGACAUUUGGCAACUAUGUGCUCUUCAAUUUACUAGUGGCCAUCUUGGUUGAAGGCUUCCAGGCUGAGGGUGACGCUAAUCGGUCAGAGUCAGAUGAUGACAAGAAAUCAGACAACUUUGAUGAGGACGAGAAGAUAGAACAGUUCAGAGACACAGAGCUAAAGCUCUCACUGAUGAUGACAGGUAAUGGUCACAUUGACCCUCGUGGCUCUAUGGCUCCUCCCAUAAUCAUGCGCACAGCAGCCACACCCAUGCCUACACCUAAGAGCUCUCUUGGACCUGAGUCCAUCCUCGGGGAUGAGCUCAUGUACAUAGACGGAGCACCUCAAUAUAGUGAGGUAGGACUGGGUUUUCCUGAGGCAGGGGUCGGUCACCCAGAGUCCCGACGGGGAAGCUCAACAUCAGUGGAGCCAUACGAUCCGCCUUCUCUGAGCCUCUCUAGUCCCGGGCGGCGUUCUCCUCUUCCUCCCCGUGGCUCUGGAAGCUCAUGGGGAAGUCGACGCUCCAGCUGGAACAGCCUGGGAAGGGCACCGAGCCUCAAAAGGCGAGACACCAGCGGAGAGCGGGAGAGCUUGUUGUCUGGGGAAGGUGGAGAGGAUGAGGAUGCCAGGGAUGGCAAAGUGGAGGCAGGGGGAAACAACAGACUAAAGCCGGGGUCCUUGGAACUGCUGCAGGCGUCUACUCUCUGCCCUUCUGUGGUAGCAGACUAUGGUGACUGCAAUGGGAGGACCGUGACCUACAACCCGAACGUGAACUCCGACCCCAAAGAAGACUCCUCCCCAGAGGACGAUUUGGACGAUGAUGCUUCUUUUUGCUACUGGACCAGGAAGGAGUUCCAUAACAUGAAGCCCCGAUGGUGCAAAGAGCAUGAAGACUGGACGCUGUACCUGUUUUCUCCAGAGAAUCCGUUCCGUAUGUGGUGCCAGAAAGUGAUCUCUCACAGACUGUUUGACCACAUAGUUCUAGUUUUCAUCUUUCUCAACUGCAUCACCAUUGCUCUGGAAAGACCUGAUAUAAAAAAUGACAGCACGGAGCGACAUUUCCUGAGUGUGUCCAACUAUAUUUUCACUGUGAUCUUCCUAGCAGAGAUGGCCAUUAAGGUUGUAGCUCUUGGUUUCUGCUUUGGGAAGCAGAGCUACCUCCAGUCCAGUUGGAACAUUCUGGAUGGUGUAUUGGUGUUUGUGUCUCUGAUUGACAUUUUGGUUUAUCUGGCCUAUCAUGGUGAAAACAAGAUCCUGGGAAUUCUGAGAGUACUUCGCCUGCUACGAACACUUCGCCCACUGAGGGUGAUCAGUCGAGCCCCAGGAUUAAAGCUUGUUGUGGAGACUCUCAUCACCUCUCUUAGACCUAUUGGGAACAUUGUUUUGAUAUGCUGCGCCUUCUUCAUUAUCUUUGGAAUCUUGGGGGUCCAGCUGUUCAAAGGGAAGUUCUACCACUGUGAAGGUCUGGACACAAGAAACAUCACCAACAAAUCAGACUGUCUGCAGGCUAACUACCGCUGGAUACGAAAAAAGUACAACUUUGACAACCUGAUUCAGGCUCUGAUGUCUUUGUUUGUGCUGUCGUGUAAGGAUGGCUGGGUCACCAUCAUGUAUGAUGGGCUGGAUGCAGUAGGAGUGGACCAACAGCCUAAAAGGAACAACAAUCCUUGGAUGCUCCUCUACUUUAUCUCCUUCCUGCUCAUCGUCAGCUUCUUCGUCCUUAAUAUGUUUGUUGGGGUUGUGGUGGAGAAUUUCCACAAGUGCCGACAGGACCAGGAAGAGGAGGAGGCGCGCUUACGGGAAGAGAAGAGGCUCAAAAUGAAAGAGAAAAAGCGCAGGAGUAAGGAGAAUGAAGGGGCUGAGGCCAAGCUCGGGCGCUACUAUGACGACUACUCUCCCCUGCGUCUGUCCAUCCACUCGCUGUGUACCAGCCACCACCUGGACCUCUUCAUCACUUUUAUCAUCUGCGUCAAUGUCUUCACCAUGAGCAUAGAGCACUAUAAACAACCAGUGUAUUUAGGAGAGGUUCUGAAGUACUGUAACUACGUGUUUACCUGCAUCUUCGUCGUUGAGGCCCUCCUCAAACUUGUGGCAUUUGGCAUACACAGGUUCAUCAGAGACAGGUGGAAUCAGCUGGAUUUAGCUAUAGUGGCAUUGUCCAUCAUGGGCAUCGUCCUGGAGGAGCUGAAAAUGAAAGGCACAUUACCAAUAAAUCCAACCAUCAUCAGGAUCAUGAGAGUGCUCAGGAUAGCACGAGUGCUGAAGCUUCUAAAGAUGGCCACGGGGAUGAGAGCUCUGUUGGAUACUGUCAUGCAAGCACUGCCGCAGGUGGGAAAUCUUGGUCUUCUCUUCAUGCUGCUCUUCUUCAUCUAUGCUGCUCUGGGAGUGGAGCUCUUUGGCAAACUGGAGUGCAGCGACGACAACCCAUGUGAAGGUCUGGGUCGUCACGCAACCUUUAGAAAUUUUGGGAUGGCCUUCCUCACACUGUUUCGAGUGUCCACUGGAGACAACUGGAAUGGGAUUAUGAAAGACACAUUGAGAGAGUGUCACCCGUCUGACGAACACUGUUUACCAUAUCUGCCCUGGGUUUCUCCAAUUUACUUUGUCACCUUUGUGCUCAUGGCCCAGUUUGUUCUGGUCAAUGUGGUGGUGGCUGUUCUGAUGAAACAUCUAGAGGAAAGCAACAAGGAUGCUAAAGAGGAUGCGGAGAUUGAUGCAGAGAUCGCCUUGGAAAUGGAUAGGGAGAGGGAUCGCAGACUAAGCACAAAUUCCAACAACAGCUCAGUCGGAGGGACCUAUGUGGGGCCAUGCUCAAAUUCACCUGAAGAGGAGGAAGAGGUGCAGUACAACAACCAGAACCUGCUGUCAUCCAAGAUCUCUGUAUCCAGGAUGCAUUCUCUGCCAAAUGACAGUUAUAUGUUUAGACCGGUGCGACCCGCCAGCGCCCCCUACCCUUUAGACGAGGUAGACCUGAGUCCCCAACACCAGCAUUCAGUCAGAAUCUAAUGGCAUGUUGUGUCCAGGCUGUGGACAGGCCCAGCUCUGUCCUAAGUCUCAGUGAUGUCGGUCCACUCCCAGCCCUGUGAGAGCCACUCUCUGCUCCAGGUUCCGGA